GGAUGAAAGUACGGGUCGCGAGAGGUGGUUUGCUCCCUCGGAAUUAAGAGAAGCGAGGUGGCUUCAGAGGUAGCUGGGCUUCUAUUUAAACUGCCUUUUCCCUAAUGCAGACUCCUGCCCGAAGGGUCACAACGGUCCUGUCCCUGCCCGGGCUGCACGGCUUUCUGUGGAUCACGAAGGUUGGUCCUGCGGACCGCCGCUUCCCAGCUCCGACUUGGAACAAGCGACGUGACCCUUCAGAAACCUGACUUCCAGGUUUACAAAACUUAAAAAGGCCCUCGACACUGCAAACAGACUAGCCAGAAGUGAAAACAAUCUAAAGAUGAAGGCAUUUCAGAACGUCUGCAGGCAGCUCCGAAGUUCAAAGGGGUUUUCUGUGAAAACUGUUGCCCUUGGGGAUUUCUCUACUUCCUGUUAUUUAUGUGACAGGAAGAAAAAAGUGAACCCAUAUGAAAAAGUGGACCAAGAAAAAUAUUCUCAUUUAGUGCAGUCUGUCUUGUCAUUCAGAGGCCUUGUGCAUACCCCAGAGUCAUUGUUUGAAGAAGAUGCUUUACUCUAUGGACCUGUGAGUAAGCAUAAACCCCCAAAGCAAGAAGAGGAAGCAAUAAUUCCACAAAAUUGGUUUCCUAUCUUCAAUCCAAGGAGAAGUGUUAAACCAAAUGCAAGUUAUCCUUCAACUCCUUUGAAAAUCCCUUUGCAAAGGACUGUGAUACCAAGCGUGACCCGAAUCCUUCAGCAGACCAUGACAAAACAACAGACUUUCUAUUUGGAGAGGUGGAAACAGCGAAUGAUUCUGGAAUUGGGAGAAGAUGGCUUUAAGGAAUAUACUUCAAAUAUAUUUUUACAAGGGAAACGGUUCCAUGAAGACUUGGAAUACAUACUGUCACUUUCACCCCAGGGAAACGUAAAAGAGAGAGGUGAAAAUCUUGAAUCUGGUUACAUCCAAAGUGUCCAGCAUAUUCUGAAAGAUGUCAGUGGAGUUCGAGCCCUCGAAAGUGCUGUUCAACAUGAAACCUUGAAGUAUUCAGGUCUGCUGGACUGUGUGGCUGAGUAUCAGGGCAAGCUAUGUGUGAUUGAUUGGAAGACAUCAGAGAAACCAAAACCUUUUAUCCGAAAUACAUUCGACAACCCACUGCAAGUUGUGGCCUACAUGGGUGCUAUGAACCAUGAUCCCAACUAUAGCUUUCAGGUUCAGUGUGGCUUAAUUGUGGUGGCCUACAAAGACGGAUCACCUGCCCACUCACAUGUCAUGGAUGCAAAGCUUUGUUCCCACUACUGGGCCAAGUGGCUUCUUCGACUACAAGAAUAUACAGAAAAGAAUAAGAAUGAGAAUAUGCAGAAAACAGAUUAGGGAGCAGGAUGCCAUUUGGGAAUAUUCAGCAGUUUGGAAGAUAUAUUGUUGUUUACUGCAAUCCAAAAACUUACGUAGGUGCUACCAGAUCUGAGUGCUACAUUAACAUAAGCAAAAGUAUUAAUUUGUUGAAACAUUGCUACCAAAAAGACUGAAAAGCCAGGAAAGUCUAGAUUUAAGGAGCUGGACUUGAGCAUGUCAAAUACCAACUAUGCUACCUCUGUUAUUUGCCUGAAUAGAGGGCAAGCAGGGUGGGCAGUCACACUGGCAGUUAGACUCCCUCGGUGGACCUAUUGUAUCCUGGGCAGGAUGCCCAGUCUUUGAACUGAGAUUGGAAGGCAGUGAGGCUGAAUGUGCUAAGUCUUUCCCCAGGUUCACUGGGAGGAAAGAGGCCACAUACCCCCAGGGUAUGUGGAGGGAAAGACUUCGGCCAACUCUCACUACCAGGGCAGGUUCUUAAAACUGGUCUAUAUUGGGGCACUCUAUACAUUUCAGUUGGGGGAAAAGCUAACAUUGAACCUUUCUUAAAAAUAAAUAUGGGAUUAUUCAGCAUCGAGUAAAUGCUGCUGUCUGGAAAGAUGGAACGUAAUCCAAGCCAUUGGCAGUAUGCCUUGGCACACCACCAAAUGACCCAGAAGUAGCCAGGCCCCAGUUUGCAAAUCGUAAUUGUAAGUGUUUAAUAGCUUUUUCCGGUGUGAGUGAGAGGAUCAUGAGAGAAAAUUUAUCAUUUGUACAAUUGUUCAGUUAUAGGGGAAACAAUAAAAUUCAUUAAUUUUUGUUUUGUGUUUGAUAGGUAAUAAAAGUUAUUAGUUUCAUUUGG